AUGAGUGACAAACUCAGUUUUAAAGGACGAGUGGUUGUAAUUACCGGAGCUGGUGGUGGUCUAGGCCGUGUGUAUGCUCUGGAAUUUGCAAAGAGAGGCGCCAGUGUGGUUGUUAACGACCUGGGAGGAUCUUUAGGAGGAGAAGGCAAUAACAUGAGGGCGGCAGAUGUUGUGGUGAGCGAAAUCCAGGAGAAGUUUAAAGCAAAGGCAGUUGCGAAUCACGACUCAGUAACGGAUAACGCUGAGGGAAUUGUACAAACGGCACUGGAUAGCUUUGGGCGUUUAGACGUGAUAGUCAACAACGCGGGUAUUUUGAGAGAUUCAAGCUUUCUAAAAAUGCAGGACCCAGCGUUCGGCGCGGUUAUUGAUGUGCAUUUGACUGGUGCUUUUAAGCUCACCAAAGCGGCAUGGCCCCACUUUAGGCGCCAGAAUUUCGGCAGAAUUAUCAACACCUGUUCUCCUGCCGGGCUGUAUGGGAACUUCGGACAAGCCAAUUACUCGGCAGCAAAGUUGGGUUUAGUCGGAUUCUCCGAAUCGAUUGCCAAAGAAGGCUAUAAGAAUAACAUUAAUGUCAACUGUAUCGUGCCCCUGGCGCGCUCUCGUAUGACCGAGAAAGUCAUACCACCCCAUAUAUUGAAAAACCUGGCUCCAGAGAAAAUUGCACCCAUGGUUAUCUACCUAUCGCAUGAAUCCACUAAGGUCACAAAUUCAAUAUUUGAAUUAGCUGCCGGGUUUUACAGCCAAGUGAGGUGGGAGCGGUCUUCCGGGCAGAUAUUUAACCCUGAUCCCAAAUCUUUCACCGCAGAGGCCAUUUUUGAUCAGUGGUCGUCAAUUGUUGAUUACAAGGACAAAACUUUCAAUAAAGUCACACAUCCUACCCAAUUGAGCGAUUACAAUGCACUGAUCACUAAAGCUCGGCAAUUGCCACAUGCUAGCCAAGGUACGAAGACGAUUAAUUCUCUGAAAGGCAAGGUGGUGAUCAUUACAGGUGCAGGCGCGGGACUGGGAAAGUCUCAUGCACUUUAUUUUGCCAAGUAUGGCGCUAAGGUAGUGGUCAAUGAUAUUAGGGAUCCUCACACUACUGUAUCAGAAGUAGAAAAACUAUAUGGCAAAGACGUAGCAGUGGCAGAUAAACAUGACGUCGUUACGCAGGCAAACGACGUGGUGCAAACCGCUCUUAGUAGUUUCGGAAAGGUUGAUAUACUGGUCAACAAUGCUGGAAUUCUCAGGGAUCGUUCUUUUAUCAAGAUGACUGACGAAGAAUGGGGUAUCGUACUAAAGGUGCACCUCUAUUCUACAUUUAGACUUUGCAAGGCGGUUUGGCCUCUCUUCAUUAAACAAAAGGGUGGGUAUAUCAUCAACACCACUUCUACCUCGGGAAUAUAUGGGAAUUUUGGGCAGGCGAACUAUGCUGCCGCAAAAGCUGCGAUUUUAGGAUUCUCAAAAACGUUGGCUUUAGAGGGACUGAAGUUGAAUAUCAAGGUAAAUGUUGUAGCUCCGCAUGCAGAAACUGCGAUGACCAAGACAAUCUUCUCCGACAAAGAGCUGGGCAAUCAUUUCGAUCCAAGUCAGGUGUCGCCAUUUUUUGUUCUACUGUCCGCUGAUGAGCUUAGUCAACACGUUGGGAAACCUGUGACAGGUCAAUUGUUUGAAGUGGGCGGUGGCUGGUGUGGCCAGACCCGUUGGCAGAGAAGUAAAGGUAUCGUGAGCUCCCAACCUUCCCCGGAAUUUUUGCGUGACCAUUGGCAAGAACUUGUUGAUUUCAGAGAAUGCACUCACCCUAGCUCUACUCAGGAAGCGUCAAUGCAGAUUCUACAGAGCGUUGCACAAGCAUCUGAAUCCAGCGCGUCAAAUAAGCUCUUCAAAUAUACCGAGCGCGAUGUUAUACUGUAUAACCUGGGCCUGGGUUGUACAAGUGAUGAAUUGAAGUAUUGCUAUGAAAACGAUCCCGGCUUCCAAGUUCUUCCCACUUUUGGUGUCAUUCCCUUUAUGUCUAGCGGAAAUUCAAUCAAGAUGCAUACGCUUGUGGACAACUUUAAUUAUACUUAUCUGCUGCAUGGAGAACAGUACUUCAAGUUAAGUCAGUACCCUCUUCCAACAAAGGGCACACUGAAAACUGUUGGCAAACCAAUUCAAGUUGUUGACAAAGGUGGUAAGGCUGCCGUCAUUGUGGGAGGGUACCAGACUGUUAAUGCAGAUACUAACGAACCGCUCAUUUACAAUGAAGCCACUUUUUUCAUCAGAGGAGCACAUGUUCCUAAGACGAAACAAGUUGGAGGUGUGAGAAAUAAGUUUGCUGUGAACCCCUUCACAGCACCUAGUUCUAAGCCUGACUUUGAAAAGGAAAUUACAACAGACAAAGAUCAAGCGGCCAUCUACCGCUUGUCAGGGGAUUUGAAUCCCUUGCAUAUUGACCCAAACGUUGCCAAGAUUGCGAGGUUUUCGAGACCUAUUUUACAUGGUCUCUGUACUUUAGGUGUAACGGGGAAAGUUCUUUACGAGAGGUUCGGGCAAUUUGACGAGCUCAAGGUUCGCUUCGUGAAUGCAGUCUACCCUGGAGAUCGUUUGAAGGUAAAAGCCUGGUGCAGAGGCAACGGUACUGUUAUCUUUCAAACGAUCGACCUUGAUCGUGGUUGCGUUGUUCUUAACAACGCCGCACUCAAACUGGUUGGUGGAAAGGCCAAUCUCUAA